GCAGGAUGCGCUAUCGUCGGAUGCUUUUGCACAAUGCCAACCAAGAAGUGCAUUUGCUCGUAGGGUGAGUCGGCCGAAUCGCCGACUCUCUUGCUUAACUCCAUGCUCGUAAGAUUUGAAUGUACGAAGUCAAGUACGAAGUCAAGCAGUGAGCUCGCCAUUCAAUGACGCCUCGGGGGGUUCAGUGAGCUCGCGGACGAACUACCGACCGCCGGAGGAACAGAAACUAUUCUUGAAGAUCCACGAUAUGUGUUCGAAGUACAAUGCAUGAGCAUAUGAAAUAUAUAGAAAGCUAGCAAUGGGAUGACUUUCAACUCCCUCAUCAAAUAUACAUUUCUCUCUACACUAUCUACUUCCAACAAACCACAAAAUCCUUCAAAAUGUCCACAAAGACAAUCGCAAUUAUCGGCAUAACUGGAAACCAGGGCGCAUCCGUUGCCGACACCUUCCUCUCCCUCCCCGGCUGGCACGUCCGCGGCAUCUCGCGCGACCCCUCCCAGCCCAGCGCGCUCGAGUGGGUAUCCAAAGGCGCCGAAGUCGUUCCAGGAAACCUCGACGACCCGGCGUCCCUCGAAGCUGCCUUCACGGGCGCUCAUGUUGUCUUCGGGUAUACGGACUUCAUGACGCACAUGCGUGAUCCGGCCGUGCAUGAGCGUGCUGCGAGGGAGGGCCGCGGGGCGAAUGAGGUGGCGUAUGAGCGGGAGGUCGCGCAGGGGAAGAGGUUGGUCGAUGCGGUUGCGGCGGUGGAUGGGAGUGCUGGUGGGAAGGUGUUGGAGAGGUUUGUGCUGAGCACUCUGAGCAGCACUAAGAAGUGGAGUAAGGGGAAGUAUACGCGCAAUCUGCACUUUGACGGCAAGUGGGAGGCUGUUGAGUAUUUGAGGGAGAAGCAUCCUAGUGUUACUGAGAAGACAAGCUUUCUGCAAAUGGGCAUGUUUGCAGGGAACUGGAAGGCUUUCGUUGGAGGCGCACCUCAGAAGCAAGAGGACGGAUCUUAUCAGCUUGGUUAUCCACUGGGCGGCGAUGUCAAGUUCCCAAUGGUCGACCCAAGGGCCGAUACAGGUGUUUUCGUGAAAGCCCUCGUCGAGGUUGCACCUGGUAAGAACCUCGUCGGUGCUGGUAAUGCCAUCACUUGGAAUGAGUGGAGUCAGCUCUGGGGCAAGCAUCAUGGGGUCGCAUGCACGUACGCAAAGACGGAUCCGAAGGAGUUGGAGACCCAUUACGGCAGCUUCGGACAGGAAUUAGCGGAUAUGUUUGCAUACAUGGAAGAAUUCGGAUAUGACGGUGGUGAUCCUGAGGUCGUAUACCCUUGGGAUUUGGGAGUUGAUGUGCCCGUGACUACUAUGGAAGAGCAUAUCAGAAAGGAGGACUGGUCACCCAUCCUUUGAGAGCUAUAGGAGAGGCGGAUAUUUUGGGUCUUUGGGGUCAGAGGAAGCUUAUCGUUGUCGAAUCUUAUACUGUAUAGGUUGUACAUGUACAAUGAACUAGGGGGAUCAAGAUUAUGCGACUCUCUGUCUCCCUGUGGUUGACACUUGGUAAAUUGAAGCAUUUACCUUUUGUAGUCUGAAUAGUCAGAUGGAUAGUAUUCGUAUUACAGCAUGCUAGCGUC